UCAAAUCAAGCUUGUGACGGCUGUUGAGUGCAAGAACUUGUUAUUAGCUUUGAAAGUGUUUAAUUAUUUUGGUAUCUCUGAGUUAUAAUAAUGAAAAUUGUAUUGAAUUUUUAACAAUGUUGAAUUCAGCAUCUACGGAAGCUGCCUUAUCGGCUACUUACGUUGAAAAUUACUUAGAUUGUGUCGAAAAUCUCCCAAAUGAUUUGCAGCGACAUUUAUCGCGUAUGCGAGAGCUCGACGUAACUUAUAGAGAAUGUCUUCGUGAUGCUGAAACACAUUUAGCAGUGUGCAUAGGAGCUAACACAGAAGAAAGGCGUCGCACGCGGGCUGCCUUGCGACUGCAAGCUGUGCUGGUUGCUGCACAAGAGAUUGGAGAUGAAAAAUUACAAGUAGUACAGAUUCUACAAGAUCUUAUAGAUAAUAAACAGAGGUCUCUUGAUGCUGAUCAUAAAAAUCUAAUCUCUUGCCUUGAAGUGAACACAAAUGGUACAGUUAAGGAAGAACCAUCACCAACAUCAGAAUCUCUUCGGACGGGAGACAAGGAGCGAACUCCGCCUCAGCAGCACGCACCGCCCCCGCCUCCGCCUGAACGAAAUAAUGACAAAGAAAAGGAAAAAGAACGGGAUAAAAGCGGAGGUGAAAGGUGGUCGAAGCGAGCGCGGCGAUCACGUACCGCGGCCAGCACGGUCACAGACGGCGCGGAUUCCAGCGAACGGGACAGUGAGCGACACGCACACAACACUACGCAUAAGAAAGGUAUCGGUAAGAAGAAAAAACGCAAAGCAAGGCAGACCGCACAGCGUUCAGAAACACCGCCUGAGGAUAAUGAUCCAAUAGAUCCUGAUGAGCCGAGAUACUGUCUUUGUGAUCAAAUAUCAUUUGGUGAAAUGAUAUUGUGCGAUAAUGAUCUGUGCCCCAUCGAGUGGUUUCAUUUCUCCUGUGUCUCACUCACAACUAAACCUAAGGGUAAGUGGUUUUGCCCCAAAUGCCGUGGUGACAGACCCAAUGUAAUGAAACCCAAGGGACAAUUUCUCAAGGAACUCGAACGGUACAACAGAGAAAAAGAAGAAAAAGCAUAGUGAUGUGAUCGGCUCGUGACAAAGUGAUCUUAAUAAAUACGGUUAUAUG